AACGCCUCAUACGAUCCAUCGAGCCCGCUAAUUUGAUCCCCUUGCGAUUGGGUUUUCUUCCGAUUCGAGCAUUGCUGCCUCGGAGCUCCUCUUCGCCACCGUGCGCUCAAUCGGCUUAAUUCUCCGUCUCCGGUUUAAAGGGCACUUUAUUGGAUUCGAGAUGGCUGAACACAACGAGGGUUCUUCAGAGGACAAUGAAGAGUAUGCGGACAGAAGCAGGGGACUGGAGUUUAUCUUUGGAAACGUUGAUAACUCUGGUGAUUUGGAUGCUGAUUACCUUAAUGAGGACGCCAAGGAACAUCUUUCUGCAUUGGCUUCGUCUCUGCCAGACAUAAUGUUGCUGGCCAGUUCAGGAUGUACAACAAGUGAUCCAGCUGAACAAGAUUACAACGAAAAAGCUGCGGAUGCUGUUGAUUAUGGGGAUAUUGAUGAAGAGUAUGACGGGCCUGAAGUUCAAGUAGUUACUGAGGAAGAUCAUCUACUGCCAAAAAGAGAGUAUUUUUCGUCUGCAGCUGCCUCGGGUAGUUUAUAUUCCAAAGCUUCUGUGUUUGAUGAUGACGAUUAUGAUGAGGAAGAAGAACAAGAGGUGGAGCACAUGCCAUUUGAAGAAACUUUUGAUUCUGAAGAUAGUGAAUCAGUUGUCUUAAAGGAAGAAAACGCUUUGGAGUUUGAAGAGGAGGCUUCCAUGUUGGGAAAUGAGGAACGAUUGGACACAAAUGAGAAAAGCGCAACAUCACUGCCUACCCUGUAUGUUGAAGAUGGUAUGGUAGUCUUACAAUUCUCUGAGAUAUUUGCUAUUCAUAAGCCACCACAGAAACGAGCAAAGAGAGAAAAUAGAUAUAUCACUUACAGAGACAGAUACAAAUCUAUGGAGCUUGUUGAAGAUGAUGAGGGGUUACUUCUUAAGAGCCAUGGUAGGGUCAACACUCAUGUGAAACAAGCUGAUCUGAUUCAGCUGGAUGUUCCGUUACCAAUCAGAGGGAAUAUACAGCUGGUAAAAGCUGGCACAUUCGGAAGCAUCAUACCAGAAUCGAGAGAAUUUACCAAGCCAGGACGGGAUUCAUGCACCACGGGUGAACUGUUGAAGCAGGACUUAGAAGACGAUAAAUCAUCUCUGUGCCAGUCACAAUCAUCAAUGGAAGUUUUUCCUCUUGACCAGCAUGAAUGGGAAAAUCGAAUUAUUUGGGAAAAUUCUCCUGGAGUUGGUGGUAAUUCUUGUGAAAGCUUCGAAUCUGAAAUUGAGUCAGAAAGCCUGCUUAUUCAAGGAACAAACUCAGAGACUGAACAAGAAAGCUUAAACGUGGUGAAUUCUGGAGAGCAAGCUCAAGCUGAAAAUAAUAAGCGUGUAUCAUUUUUUGUCAGUGCCUUGGAGUCUCUUGGUUCACACACUACUAGUGAGUCCACUAACAAAAGUAGACGUCAUCCGCAACUCCUUAGGUUAGAAUCUCAGUGGGAUGAGGAUCAUCCUAGUGAAAAUGACAAUAGUGGAGGGAAGAACUUAAAGCAGCUUAAAGGGGACACUCUUGGACGCUUUAGCAGAUUUGGAUUGCAAGAGAGGGAUAUGGGGGAUGACGCAUGGUUAGAUAGCAUAAUUUGGGAGUCAGAUAAAGAGUUGAGCAGGUCGAAACUAAUAUUUGACCUUCAAGAUGAGCAAAUGGUCUUUGAAAUCCCUGAUAACGCGGAAAGCAAAGAUCUUCAACUUCAUGCUGGAUCUAUGAUUCUAUCCCGGUCUUCAAAGCCCAAGGAUGAAAGAUUUCAGGAAGGCUGUGGAUCAAAUUAUGGGUGCCAAUUCAAUAUUUCUAAUGACAAGUUCUAUAUGAAUGGGAAAAGCUGUCAGCAACUGCAAGCAAAUGCUAAUCAAUUCGGCGUACACAGUUUAAGAGUUCUUCAUUCAGCGUCAGCGAUUAGACUGCAGACAAUGAAGAACAAAUUGAGCAAUAAAGACUUAGCAAAUUUUCACCGGCCCAAAGCUUUAUGGUAUCCACAUGACAAUGAGCUAGCGAUCAAGCAGCAAGGAAAGUUACCAACCCAAGGAUCCAUGCAUAUUGUAGUUAAGAGUCUGGGGGGUAAAGGAAGCAGGAUACACGUUGGCAUAGAGGAAUCUGUCUCUUCUUUAAAAGCCAAGGCUUCUAGGAAGUUAGAUUUUAAGGAAACUGAAGCAGUGAAGAUUUUUUAUAUGGGAAAGGAACUUGAGGAUGGAAAGUCGCUUGCUGAACAAAAUGUUCAUCCAAAUUCUUUGGUCCAUAUUUUACGCACCAAGGUACAUCUGUUACCAUGGGCACAAAAGCUUCCUGACGAACAUAAAUCUUUGAGACCUCCGGGGGCAUUCAAGAAGAAAUCAGACCUAUCUACUAAAGAUGGCCAUGUUUUCUUAAUGGAAUAUUGUGAAGAGAGGCCCUUGAUGCUCAGCAAUGCAGGAAUGGGUGCAAAUUUGUGCACGUAUUAUCAGAAGUCAUCCCCAGCGGAUCAGCAUGGAAACCUGCUGUGCGAUAAAAAGGACACUUUAGGGAAUGUGAUGAUUCUAGAACCUGGGGAGAAAUCUCCUUUCCUUGGGGAAAUACAGGGUGGCUGCAGUCAAUCAUCUAUUGAAACAAACAUGUACAAAGCACCUGUUUUUCCUCAUAAGUUGCAAUCAACGGAUUAUCUGUUGGUCCGGUCUUCUAAAGGAAAGCUCUCUCUAAGGCGUAUUGACAAGACAUUUGCUGUUGGACAACAGGAACCUCGAAUGGAAGUAAUGUCUCCUGCAUCAAAGAAUCUGCAGACUUAUUUGGUGAACAGGAUGUUGGUCUAUGUGGACCGAGAAUUUAAGCAUCGCCGCCGUAUUCCUGCAGAUGAGCUGUCUUUCUUAUUUUCUAGCUUAUCCGAUGCAGUAGUCAAGAAGACCAUGAGAAUUCAUGGUAUUUUUCUAGAGAGGGAUAAAAAUGGCCAUAUUUUCUGGUACAAGAAACAUAGGUUUGACAAGAUUCCACAUGAGAUUGAGUUGAAAAAUCUUGUGGCACCAGAGGAUGUGUGUUCCUAUGAGAGUAUGCUAGCUGGGUUGUACCGGCUCAAACAUUUAGGGAUCACGCAGUUUACAUUGCCUGCCAGCAUAUCAACUGCAUUGGCUCAUCUCCCAGACGAAGCCAUUGCUCUUGCCGCUGCUUCACAUAUUGAGAGGGAGCUGCAGAUUACUCCUUGGAAUCUGAGUAGUAACUUUGUUGCUUGUACAACUCAGGACAGAGCAAAUAUAGAGCGUUUGGAAAUUACUGGAGUGGGCGAUCCCUCUGGACGAGGUCUAGGAUUCAGCUACGUCCGAGCUGCGCCAAAAGUACCAGCUGCAGCUGGAAGUAUGAAGAAAAAGGAAGCAGCGUGUUGCGGAGCGCCAACUGUAACUGGUACAGAUGCUGAUCUUCGCAGAUUAAGCAGGGAAGCAGCUCGAGAGGUUCUUCUCAAGUUCAAUGUUCCUGAUGAGAAAAUGGCCAAGCAAAAUCGAUGGCACCUGAUAGCUAUGAUACGCAAGCUAUCGAGCGAGCAGGCUGCAUCUGGUGUACUUAAGGUUGACCCUACGACAAUAGGUAAGUAUGCCCGUGGCCAGAGAAUGUCUUUCCUACAGUUACAACAGCAGGCCCGGGAAAAGUGUCAGGAGAUUUGGGAUAGGCAACUUCUGUCCCUUUCAGCUUGUGAUGACGAUGAGUCUGAGAGUGAAAAUGACAUGGACUCCUUUGUCGGAGAUCUGGAAAAUCUACUUGAUGCUGAGGAGUGGGAAGAAUCUAAUACGUCUAAAAAUGACAAGUUGGAUGGAGUCAACGGAUUCAAAAUGAGACGGCGGCCAUAUCAAGUUGUGACAGACGAAGAUGUUGAAGAUGAAGCUGCUGAAUGUGCCGAGUUACGCCGAUUGCUGAUGAAAGAUGACGAAAAAAGGAAUAUGAAUGCUGAAUUUGUCAGAAAGGACAGUGUCAGUGCCAAGAAACAUAUUGCCACCCGUCCUGAUGCAUCUUUCUUAGUGACUAAGAGCACCUUCAAAAACACAAGAAACGUCAGCGUAUUCAAAGAAAGAAAACCAGUGAGAGAUAACUUCUUCUGUGGAGCCUGUGGUCAGCCUGGACACAUGAAAACCAAUAAGCACUGCCCAAAAUACAGAGCAACUACAGAACCACAGCCCGAAGGUAUAUAUGUGAAGAAGUCUUCUGGGACACCGAGUUCUUCGGAUCUAUCAGGCCAGGUCAAGCUGGAACCUAUCAAAAGCAAAAAGACCGCGCCAAAAAGUCCAACAAAAGUUUCUGUAGAUGAAGCUCCGAAGGGAGAUAAUCCAACUUCCAAAACCGGAGGUCUUACCCUGAGGUUUAAAUGUGCUAUACCCGCUGGAGGGAGGUUAGAUAAACCCGGUUCUGAAACUCCAAGACGCUCUAUGGAAGAACCUGAUAGACCUUUACCUUCAUUGAUGCCUGCAUUUAUCAGAGAGAGAGGGGAGAGCGAGUCUCACAGGCCUUCUGUUUCUGGACAAUCAUUUUCUAAUACAGAGAGAAAUCAGGCUGCAUCAAGCAGGCUCACUAUGUCAAUCACGCAGCCAUCAUUACGCAUGGAUAAAGAACUCGUGAUACAGCGGCCGAAUGAAAGGGAACAGCCCCAGAAGAAACUUGUUAUAAAACGUUCGAAAGUGAUAACUGAUAGCCUUGAACUGACUUCACAGUUUGAGUCCAGGAAGACAAUGAGAAUGGCAGAACCAGAAGGUUUUCAGAGUCAGCAGAGAUUCAGAUUGUCAGAGAACUCACUACACCGGGGACCAAAAGAGGGUAGAGUGUGGCAAGAAGAACGGGAGAUAAGUACGGAAAGGCACAGGGAAGCAAGGGUGAGAAGGGAUUAUGAUGAUAUGACUAAAUUUGAAAAAGCCAGUGAGAUAGGGAGUGAAAGGGAGGAAAAGGAACGGCAAAAGAAGCUGCAGCCGGAAGUAAUAGAGAGAUAUCUAGAAGGUUAUCCUCGUCGAAGAAACGAUAGAAAAUUGUUAGAAAGAGUUCAGAAAGUCAGAAGCCAGUAUGACUCUGACUUUGAAAGGAACGUGGCAGAGUACGCACCUCAACCAAAACGACGCAAAAAGGGAGAGGUUGGCCUAGCAAACAUCUUGGAAGUCAUAGUGGACACACUAAGAGCCAAAGAAGUGAACGUGUCGUACCUCUUCUUGAAACCUGUUUCGAAGAAGGAGGCUCCGGACUAUCAUGACGUUGUGCAACGCCCCAUGGAUCUCUCGAUAAUCAGGGAUAAGGUACGGAGGGUAGAGUACAGAGACAGAGCGCAGUUUAGAAAUGACGUCUGGCAGAUCAAGUACAAUGCUCAUAUUUACAACGACGGGCGUAACCCGAUGAUACCACCCUUGGCAGAUGAGUUGCUGGUGAAAUGUGAUGGCUUGUUGGAUAGAUAUAGAGAUGAGUUAACAGAAGCAGAGAAAGGUAUAGUAAAUCACAUUGACUGAUUGAGAAUGGAAGCUGUAUCCUAUUUUACACGGGAUGGUAUCAAGUUUCCAUGUUUCAAAUAAAUUUCGACACUUCCUAAUGAGUAGUGAAGGGUAUAUGGAAGAAAUUACAAAAGUAAGGCAGCGUAAAUGAGAAUAGCAACAACAAGAAUUCUUUUUAUAUAAACUGAAAGGGAAAUUAACAAA